AUGGGGGAAGCUGCAGAUGAUAAUACGAGUAGAGCUCUUCGAGAAGAGAUCGCAGGGUUGGAAUCCCGGCUUCUGGCAGCGAGAGCCAAACUACCCUCGAAAACAGAAAUUCGAUCCCUCGGUAAACCACAGUCCCUCUCCAUCCAUCCACCCAUCCAUCCAUCCAUCCAUCACUGCAGUAAGCCUCGACACGAAAGGAUAAUAAUCUAACAAUCCUCCCACAAAGAAAAAAAAGAAGCUUGCACAACAGUGGCAACCCCGGAGACUCACUUUCUCCUGUUACUCGCCGAUUCGGCCCUUCCCCUCGGCUCCUUCGCCUUUUCCAGUGGCCUGGAAUCCUACACUGCCCACCGCCCAUCAACCUCCACGCCCAGAGAGAGCACGGAACGUUUCCUGAAACUCUCUGUGGACUCACUAUCCCACACCGCACUCCCCUUCGUCCUGGAAGCGCACAGGGAACCAAAGGCAGCGCUAGCCCUGGACGACAUCUUCGAUGCCUCGACAAUCUGCACCGUGGCCCGGCGCGCAAGCGUAAGUCAAGGCCGGGCCUUGCUCACGGUGCACGAGAAGUCCUUCUCUUCAUCCCUACCCCCAUCGCCAGAGCUGGAGGCCUACCGCCGAGCCCUCCGCAUGGAGAGCGUGCGGGGUAGAGCGAGCGGCCACUUCCCCAUCGUCUACGGCGUUCUAUGUAACCUCGCUGGUAUAAGUCUGGAGGGGACUGGUUACCUGUUUCUGCUGGGCCAUGUCAAGGCCGUGUUGUCCGCCGCUGUUCGUCAGAGCCUUAUAGGGCCUUACCAUAUGCAGGCGCUGCUCGCUGCGGAGGGUACGCGUGCCAUCAUGGAUACUGGCUUGACGGUUGCGAAGGGGAUCGCUGUGGAGGAUGCAGGGCAAUCGGUUCCGACGUUGGAUUUGUAUCAGGGAAGGCACGAAUUACUUUAUUCAAGGGUUUUUAAUUCU